AUGGAAGAAGUGACAUCAUCCUUCUCCACCAGCCCUCUGUUCCAGCAGGAAUACAAGAGAGGGAUCACCUACCGAAUCCCAGCCUUGCUCUACAUCCCCCCUGCCCAAACCUUCCUGGCUUUUGCAGAGAAGCGUUCUUCGUGCAAGGAUGAGGAUGCACUUUACCUGGUGCAGAGGCGAGGGUUGAGGACUGGGCACGUUGUACAGUGGGGGCCCCAGGAGUCACUGAUGACAGCCACUAUGCCUGGGCACCGGACCAUGAACCCCUGCCCUGUGUGGGAGAAGAAGAGUGGCUGUGUAUACCUAUUCUUCAUCUGUGUGCGGGACCACAUCACUGAGCGGCAGCAGAUAGUGUCCGGCAGGAAUGCUGCACGCCUCUGCUUCACCUGCAGUCAGGAUGCUGGAUGCUCGUGGAGCGAGGUGAGGGACCUGACUGAGGAGGUCAUCGGCCCCGAGAUGAAGCACUGGGCCACGUUUGCUGUGGGCCCAGGUCAUGGCAUCCAGCUGCAGUCAGGAAGGCUGAUCAUCCCUGCCUACACCUACUACAUUCCUUACUUUUGCUUCAGGCUACCUUGUAAAACCAGACCUCAUUCUCUGAUGAUCUACAGUGAUGACCUAGGUACUACAUGGCAUCAUGGCAGGCUCAUUAAGCCCACAGCAACAGUGGAGUGUGAGGUGGCAGAAGUGAUUGGGGAGGCUGGCCACCCUGUGCUGUAUUGCAGCGCUCGGACAUCGUGUAGACACCGGGCCGAGGCUCUCAGCACCAACCAUGGUGAAUGCUUUCAGAAAUCCACCCUGAACCACCAGCUCUGUGAACCCCGGCACGGCUGCCAAGGCAGCGUGGUGAGUUUUCAGCCCCUGAAGAUCCCACAUAAAUACCAGCACCCAAGUGGCAAAGGUGAUCCUGCUGUUCAACAGAGCCCUCCAUCAGACAGCUCACUGAGGCUGGAGCAGGAAGCUGGAACACUGUCUGAAUCAUGGCUCUUGUACUCACACCCAACUAAUAAGAAGCGAAGGGUCAACCUAGGCAUCUACCUCAACCAGGCCCCCUUGAAGUCCACUUACUGGUCCCGUCCCUGGAUCUUGCACUAUGGGCCUUGUGGCUACUCUGAUAUGGCUUCUGUGGAGGAGGAGGGCUUGUUUGGGUGCUUGUUUGAGUGUGGAAUCAAGGAGGAUUGUGAGCAGAUUAGCUUCCGCCUGUUUACAGUGCAAGAGAUCCUGAGCCAUGUGCAGGGAGAAUGAACAAGCCCUGGUGAGAACCAGAAGUUACUAAAGCCUCCAUAG